AUGUCCGUCGACUCCCUAACCUGGUUCAACCAGCCACUCCAGCCCAAUCGACCAUUACCAGGCUCCCAGUCCCAACCAGGCCUUCACUCCCACCCCCAGCCCCAGUCCGACUCGGGCACGGGCACGGCCACAGGCACGGACAGCCAAAACACGACGCUCGCCGGCACGCCGCCGUCCAACCUCGUCCACUUCCCCUUUGGAACGAAAACGGGCCUCCCCCACACCACCACCGCCACCACCGCCAAAACCCAAUGGCCCGGGUCCGAGCACGGCCGCAACCGCAGCCGCGAAACCGUGCAUACACACCCCUACGGAUCCGUGUACACCCAGGACGACCCCGCCGAAGCGCGUUCGCAGUCCCGGACCUCGUUUCUGGGGUCCCUGCGCGCAGAUCUCACCAAACGCGCGGCACGCAUCGUCACGAACAUGCGCUCGCGCAUCCGCUCGAACCGCUGGCCUCCGCGCCAUCGGACGCUCUCGAUACCCACCCUCUCGGUCGUCUGGCGACCGUGCCACUUUGCUGAUGUCGAACGCGAAGAUGGUGAUGCGUUCCCACCAUAG